GUCAGAAAACCGCACGAAUUAACCGGUACCCCUAUUAGAACAAGUUCGCGUCUCCGGUUCUCCGGGUGCCCAACUAGUAGGUCCUGCCAAGUGCAACCGUCUGGCUGAAUUAGUUGCUAGAUACUUUGAUUCACAUAGGUCAGUGAUUGCCUGUGCUGAAAGCUUGGCAAGUCCUGAUAAAGCUGCUGCUUGGAAAUUAAUUCUGUUGGUUGCACAGCAUGUAAAAGAAAAAGAAAGCCCUAUACACCAGAUCACAUCUCCGGCGUCGGAUGUCAUCAGGACCAGUGUCAAGCUGCAAAGGACGCAAUGGAACUUGGACCAAAAAGAUACGUCAAUGAAUCACUAUGGAGAAUGUCCCAUGCUUUGCACCUACAACUCGAAGCUACAGGGGGAUCAGCUACCACAUAAACCUUGCAGCAAACAAAGUUGUGAAGAUGGACGUGAGAUCACAGUCGCCGUCUCUCUCGAGCAAAAGUGCAAUCCAGGACCUGAAGAAGAUCUGUCACCUGUUGGAGGAAGGAAAAACGUCCAUAACGGUGUCAGAUUGGAGGAGCUCCUAACCAACUGUAGAGGAGGAGCUAGCGAAGGACUACGACCUGCUUCUCAGAGGACUGAGAGCUUUCGGUGGAAAAGCCUCAGUGCCUUGAACAAAGAACUAACGUUUCCGAAAGCAACCAAGAAUUAG